GCCGACUCGAAGUUGACUGGGGACAUCCUCUUUCCUCUCUCUUCAACAGCCCAGCAGCCCAAAGCAACUGCCAGAUCACAGCAACAUCGCUCAGUAGAUAGCCCUCUCCCUCAACUCGUCUGUGAUAUAAGCUGUAUACCGCCGCUGCUGACCAACGUUUGAGGGAAAGCCUAGGCUCAAAACGAUUCGUCUCCUCCUUUAUAAGCAGGACCCGCUCUAUAUCGAAGCUGUUCGCAGAAGCUCUUCCAGCACGAAGUCCAAACCGAAGUUUCAAUCAUUUUCCAAAAUGACCACCGACAAGCUCAACGCCAACCCCGUUGUCUACGACGUUGGGACCAAGUCCUCUCGGCGGGAGGCCAGGCCAGAGGACGAGGAUGAAUUGGCCGCCGACCCUUUCGAUUCAGAGGAGAUCUUUGAUUUGAUCAGGAAUAUCAACGACCCCGAGCAUCCUUUAACGCUUGAACAACUCAACGUAACGCAAUUGAACCUUAUCUCAGUCAACAACGACCGGAACCACGUUCUGGUCCGAUUCACGCCCACCAUUCCACAUUGCUCGAUGGCGACACUGAUUGGGUUAUGCAUACGAGUACGAUUGUUGAGGUCACUGCCGGAUAGGUUCAAGGUGGACAUCCAGGUCUCGGAAGGCUCGCAUCAGUCUGAGCAAGCAGUCAACAAGCAAUUGAAUGAUAAAGAGCGAGUAGCAGCCGCUCUGGAGAAUAACCACCUAUUGGAGGUGGUAAAUCAGUGCCUAGCUACAGCAGUAGAGAAAGCUUAGUUUCGUCGGAAGCUUCGCAGCAACAUCCACUCACAAUCAACCCUUUGGCCGCCCCAUUAUCCGAAGUCACCAAGGUCAACUUCAGUUCUUCAUCCAACGCGACUCUUGCCGGGGUAUCGAGCAUCCCUUUCCUUCAGUAUGGGGCUGAUUUUGGUAGCGUUUUCAUGUGCGACAAAGCGUUUUGUUGCAUACGGGGCGGG